CACACUUUUGGUAGUGGCACGCUAUCUCCGUUCAUUUCUAUCAAGUUGAAAUUCGUUGCCUACGUUAGCGAAUUUCACUAAUUUUAGUCAUAUUUUACUAGAUAAAUGUUGUAAAACUUAGAAGGAACUCAAUAUUUCUUUGUCUAAAAGAUUUUAUAAGGUACUAAGUGUGUUAAAACCGCAAUUAUGGCUUCGAGUGAAGGGCGAAGUGCUCAAUCGAACUUGCAUCAGCAAGACCUAACCAAAUUGGAUGUAACGAAGCUGUCGGCGUUAUCACCUGAAGUGAUAUCAAGACAGGCAACAAUAAACAUUGGUACCAUUGGCCAUGUAGCUCAUGGUAAAUCAACCGUAGUGAAGGCUAUUUCAGGAGUCCAGACUGUCAGAUUCAAGAACGAAUUAGAGAGGAAUAUUACCAUCAAGUUAGAGCGCCUGUCGGACUCAGUUAUUAAAAUGUACCGCGAAAGGGCUGAUGUGAAAGAUGAAUAUGAGUUCCUUGAAAAGUUAAAAAGAGCAAAAAAGAGGAACUUGAGUUUUGAAAUUGAAGAGGAAGCCAGCAUGCCUCCACCUAAAAAGCAAAAGAAAAAUUCCCAGGAGCCUCAGGAGUACAUCAUUGAAAAGAUUCUUGAUUUUAAAUAUGAAUCUGGCAAGGAAUACUUUCACAUCAAAUGGAAAGGUUGGCCAGAUAGUGAAAAUACCUGGGAACCCAUUGAACAUCUUGAUAACUGCCCAGGUGUAUUGAGAGAAUUCCUUGUGGAGGAAGAACUCAAAUACUGCAAUGAAAUAGAAAAUCUAAAAGAAGAACUUUCAUUUGAUAAUUUGCUGAGUGAAGAAAAUCUUAUAAAGAGAUUUGAUGAAAUAGAAGGAAAUGACAUUUUAAAAUUAAAAGAAACUUUAACAUUAAAAUUACUUACUAUGAUAAUUUUGCCUGAAGAAUGUGAAGCUGAAGCUACAGAGCUUGUUCAAGAGACAAGAGAUCUCUUACAACUUUAUGUUGUAACAAGAAAACGAUGUCAGCAGUUAAUGAAAUUAAGAAAAUGGGAAGCACACUUGAAUCAAGUUGACAAAUCAAAGAAACUUCUUGUAGAAAAUAACUUUGACUUAGCUGGGCCACCAGAAAAUUUUACUUACAUUAAUCAAUGUAUACCUGGCAGUGGUGUCACUAUACCUGAUGAUCCACCCAUUGGAUGUGAAUGUACUGCAUGCAAUUGUCGAUCUAAAACAUGUUGUGGCAUGCAAGCAGGCCUAUUUGCUUACACUGCCAAAAAAAGACUCCGCGUUGCACCUGGUACUCCAAUUUACGAGUGCAACAAAGCUUGCAAGUGCUCCUCAGAGUGCUGUAAUCGUGUUGUUCAAGGUGGCAGAAAUAUUAAAUUAAGUAUUUUUAGAACAUCAAAUGGAUGUGGAUGGGGAGUAAAAACAGAACAACAAAUAAGGCAAGGCCAAUUUCUUUGUCAAUAUGUUGGAGAAGUAAUAACAUUUGAAGAGGCAGAAAAACGUGGAAGGGAAUAUGAUGCAAAUGGUCUCACUUAUUUGUUUGAUUUAGAUUUUAACUCUGUUGAGAAUCCUUAUGUAGUGGAUGCAGCUCAUUUAGGAAAUGUUUCACACUUCAUAAAUCAUUCAUGUGAUCCUAAUCUUGGAGUAUGGGCUGUGUGGGCUGAUUGCCUUGAUCCAAACCUUCCUAUGUUAGCUCUCUUUGCUACUCGUGAUAUAGAAAUUGGUGAAGAGCUGUGCUUUGAUUAUUUGCAAAAAGCUUCUGACAGUGAUGAAAUAGAAACAAAUGGUUCUAGUAUUAGUAAAGAUAGUUCAUAUGAUAAUGAUAUACCAAGUGGAUCUGAAGCUAACACUGGCACCACUCCAGUAUCACCUGUCAAGUCCAGAUUUGAAAUACAGCAGCAGAAUCGAGCUAUGCUUAGAAAUCUUACAGAAUGUAAAUGUGGUGCAUUAAAAUGUCGCAAAUAUUUAUUUUAAUUGUUGUAAAACAUUGAUGAGAUAAGUUUAUUACAAAGAAAUUCCCAGUUUACAAAGAAACUUUACCCAGCAUAUAAGGAAUCUCACUAAACAAGUGUUGGGUUUUUUUUAUAAAGUUUUUGAACUUUUUUAUACUUUACCAGUAUCAAUUUUACACUGUAUGAUAAUGAUGUUGCAUGUUAAUGAUUGUCAGAAGUGUUCUUGUACUAUUAUAUUUUCUCUCAAUCUAAAGACUGUUAUAACAGAAAUAUUGUUAAAAAUUAUCUAAAUAUAUCUAGAGAUAUAUGUGUUACACUAUUUUUCCAUUGAUAAAUUAUUAAGGCUGGUACCUAUUACCAAGUUAUGGACUUGAAUAAAAUUUUAAUCCAGCUAAAUGUGAUUUUCGUCACAGAAACUCCUCACUAGAAUUUAUAGUAGAUAUAAGAUCAUGGUUGCCUUAUUGAUAAUAAGGGUGCUAAACUGUAGGAUGUAAAUAAAACAAUUAGCAUUAGUUACACUACUGAAUUUAUACAAUUCAUUGUAUUUUAUUACUUUAUUUAGUUUUAUAGUUGAUUUAUAUUUAAGUACAAGCAAACUAAUCUACUGAACAACUUUAGAUUAACUUGCCUUAUUAAUAGAAUAGUAUUGUACCUAAUUUUAGUGCAUUGUGAUGAUUUUCCAGUUUGUUAAUUUUAAGUUUAAUAAAACGUUAUUUCGCCAAACA